UGCAGCCAGCCUGCUCCACCCAGCACGGACAUGCCUGUGAGUUUCUGUCUUUUGCAAGAUGAAUCAGAGACGAUUGGUCCCCAGAUUCUCUAGCAAGUCUCCUGUCCAUCACAGCAACUUAAAGAGCCGGCAGACAGACGCGCCACCAAAUCCAGUAGACGCACAGCACAUCUCCAAAGACUCUCUGGAGAUGGACUCAGAAAGCCUUCCCCAAGGCAGCAAGCCCCAACUGAAGCCUGAAAUUUGGCUACGAGGUGAGGACAUGGAGGCCGACAGCCUGGAGGAAGACCAGAGUCUCAUUGAGGAAAGCCUGAGUGAAACAGAGGAGGAGGCCAGCAGGAAAGCAGCUCGACUGGCUGGCAAGGAAACCUCCUCCAUGCUGGGCCCUGGCACCAAGAACAGUCAGUUACUAACCAGAGACAAAUACUCAGAUCUGCGCUAUGACCCAAACUGGAAGGAGAAGAAAGAAGAGGUGCAGCUGCUCAAGAUUGAGGCCCUCCCCAUGUCUGCAGGGAGUUCUGUAGAAAAUGUGGCUUUGGACCCCCUCUACCCUUCCAAGGAGACUUCUAUGGAGCUUCCUGAGGACAAAGGUGAGGAGAAGGGGACCCCGCCGAGCAACACACCUUCCUUACUUGGGAGUGAGUUCGUAAGCCCCAACUAUGAGCAAGGCGCCCGGCGCACCCACCUCUCAGAGCUGAGCGACAGUGACCCAGCAGAGAAGUCCAGUAACUUGUCCCAGUACCUGAAAAGCUCCGGCUCCCGGCCCGGGGCCUCUCAGCCCAGUUCUCGGGGUCCUCGGCGAAGGAAAUCUAGACAAUAUUUCGUGGAGAAAAACAAACUGACUCUGGGCUUUCCCACGCCCAAGAUGGACUCAUACCUUCAGCUGCACAGCAAAAGAAGAGGGGAGACACAUCUAGAACAGAAUUACCAAGAACAGUGGUCUCAGCAUGAAAGUACAAAAUCCAGCAACGUGCUCCAAGGUAUUUCUUCAGACACCACUGAUGGUCCGCAGCCUUUCAGAAGACCCAUCAAGCGCAAGAUUCGCAAACGGUAUAGACGCCGGAUGGAACCCAAGCCUCUGGUACCAGAACCACAGAACACAGAACCCAGCCAAGAAGAGAUUCCCACAGCCACACAGCAGCAACUCCAGAAAAAGCCAGCUAACACUUCCAAUAGACAGGGAACCCAUGAAUAAUCAUCUAUGACACUACUACCAGCAACCUCCACCUUACUGCCCUGGGGAACCAGGACCCCAAAGUUGU